CAUACGACACACAAAAAGAAGAAGAAGGGGAAAAACUACACAGCUAUUGUAUGCUCAGUCCGCAAAGAGAAAUAGUAUUGGAGAGGCAAGGCAGAGGUGCAGAUGAAAAGAGCCUAGAGAAACCACUUCUUCAAGCUCUGAUACAAAACUGCCAAACCUCCAAAAUAAAAUGAAUGGACAGAAGCAGUGGACACAGGUGGCCGUGAUGGCGCUCCUGGUGCUAACGGUGAUGGCAGCUGAAGGAGGCAAGGCAGAGAAGCAAGGAAAGAAGGAGCGCAAGUCUGACUGUGGGGAGUGGCAGUGGAGUGUGUGUGUGGCCAACGAAGGGGACUGUGGACUUGGCACCAGGGAGGGAACACGCACUGGCAUUGAAUGCAAGCAGACCAUCAAGACCCAGCGCUGCAAGAUCCCCUGUGACUGGAAGAAGAAGUUUGGAGGGGAAUGCAAGUAUGAAUUCCAGGACUGGGGGGAGUGUGAUCUGGCGACAGGCAAGAAGGCCAGGAUGGGCACACUGAAGCGAGCGCUCACACAUGCGACCUGCGCCGCCACUGUCACAGCCACUAAGCCCUGUGGGAAAACCCCCAAGAUCAAGCUGCAAGAUGCAAAGAAGCAAAAGAAGGAAGGCAAGAAGCGAGAGCGCACCCAAAUGGACUGAUGAGGUUUGUUUGAGGAAGGAAGAAGCGGGUGGGAGAACGCUCACUGACCUGUUUCAUCAGGAUUCCUCUUUACAUGUCCUGUAGGUUGACAGUAAGAGCCUAUAGAGCUUUGACAAAACCAGUGGAAAUAUGAGUUUUAGUGACAGCAAGUUUUACUUUUCCUUCUUUCUAGCCCCUGAUGCCAAGCCAACUUGUAUAUUGCAGUAGAAGUUAUAAUACUCAGAGGUAGGGAUGAAUAAUGAAUAUAGAAAUUUGUUUACUAGUGUUCUCACCUAAUGAUGUUAUGUCUAGGAUUAUUUUCUGAAGAACAAAUUGGAUAGGAUUAGUUUUACUGUUGCAUACCCUAACUCUAAUUUUGAAAGCUCUUUGGUUCAUGCCCUGA